AUGAAAUAUAGUCCCAUAUUCUUGUUCCUGUCCUAUGACAACACUGCUAUAAGAGGUGAUAAAGGUAGUGAAGGUGGUAAAGACAGUGAAGGUGGUAAAGACAGUGAAGGUGGUGAAGACGGUAAAGGUGGUAAAGGUGGUGAAGACGGUGAAGACAGUGAAGACAGUAAAGGUAGUAAAAAUGGUAAAGGUAGUAAAGACAGUAAAGGUGGUGAAAACGGUGAAGGUGAUGGGUUGUGA